AUGUCAAGGCUCCUUUUCACGCUGUCCUGCGUGCUGGCCACCUGUGCUGCUGGCCACUUAUCGCAGAAGUAUUUGCCCGCAUCGCGUGCUGCCCAGUUGCACUAUCAUGGCGUGAGCGGACAGGGUCAUCCACGCAGCGGCGGUGGUUACGGCGGCCAUGGUGGUGGUGGUGGUGGUGGUGGCCAUGGCGGUGGCUUUGGCCAACGCAAUGCCGGCGCUCAAAUUCCCAUUGUGCGCAGCGAUUACGAGAGUGAUGCGAACGGCAACUACAAUUUCGGUUUUGAGACGGGCAAUGGCAUACAUCGCGACGAGACCGGAGAGUUCAACGGUGGCUGGCCCCAUGGCUCGUUGGGUGUGCGCGGCUCCUACUCCUACACCGGAGACGACGGCAAACAGUAUACGGUUAACUACAAGGCCGAUAAGAACGGCUUUCAGGCGGAGGGCGCCCACAUACCCACCUCCCACACCUCCCAACACGGCGGGUAAGUGUAUAUCCCGCGCAGCUCUGCUGGUGGCUAUGGCGGUGGUGCCGGUGGCUACCAUGCCGCUGCCUCCAAUGCACAUGCACCUUCCUCGCGGUAUCUGCCCCCAAGCUAUCGCCAGCGCCGGCACUACUGAAGGCUUCAAAGCCACAGACAAUUGCAUUUUUUUUAUCAUUCCGUUACUUUACUUUCUAGAUAAUUAGCUAAACAAGGAAUCAAAUUCUUUUUUCCUCUCCCCAAGCAAUUUCUCUGUAUUUUCUCAAAUUUUUGUAAAUCAUUUAAUGGCGGUUUUUGUUGCAAAAUAAAAAUUCUAUUUUGUAUAAGUACUUCA